CGUCUGCACUGAAUAGACGCUGUGCGCAUGCGCACAGCGUCUAUUCACCGCUGCUCUGCUAAGCAGGGCAGCGGGUGACAGAGCCUCCCAACUGCCCCCCCCCCCACCGCGGGACACUGCGGCCCGCGGGUGGGACAGCGGGACAGUCCCCAAAAAACGGGACUGUCCCGCGAAAAUCGGGACAGUUGGGAGGUAUGGUGACAGGCUGGUCCCCUUAUCAGUCACUGAUUUAGCUUAAAUAAAGCUAAAUAGUAACACUACAGUUCUGUUUCCAGCACACGGACACAGCAGCAGGAGUUCCUGUCAGAGACGCACUAUUUUCUCUCAGGAUUGUGAGACAGAAGAAAACAGCAUCACGGGAGACUCUGGAGAAAACCCCAUUACCCCCACAUCAGUACUACACAGUGCAGACCCAUCUUCUGAUCCCCCCAAACAUGGACUCUGCAGGAUUCAUGGUGGAGGCCAUGAAGGACCUUGGCCAUCUCAAUGCGAGGGCUUCUUCUAUGGCUGUCUCGGCACGCAGGGGACUCUGGCUGCGCCAAUGGUCUGCAGACACGGAAUCCAAGAAGAGUGUGGAGAAUCUACCCUUCACAGGUCAGGCUCUGUUUGGGGAAGUGUUAGAUGCGUGGAUCUCCACGGCAACUGGUGACAGCCGUUCCCCGCUAACCCUGACGCUGUAUGUAGAUCAGAGGGGAGAGUCUGCGCUGUACUUGCCAUGUGCCCAGAGUCACGGCCCCUGCUGCUGUCAGCGUAUGGAAGGAGAAGAAGAUUGCUGCAGAGGAGCAUUGACUAUUGCCUGUGACUGCUUCCCCUGCUUCCCGCUGAUCCUCAGCUCCAGUCUUGCCUGCUGCGGCUGCUGGUCUUCAUCCCGGCUGAUCAAACACACGGACACAGCAGCAGGAGUUCCUGUCAGAGACGCACUAUUUUCUCUCAGGAUUGUGAGACAGAAGAAAACAGCAUCACGGGAGACUCUGGAGAAAACCCCAUUACCCCCACAUCAGUACUGCACAGUGCAGACCCAUCUUCUGAUCCCUCCAAACAUGAAGAUUGCUGCAGAGGAGCAUUGACCAUUGCCUGUGACUGCUUCCCCUGCUUCCCGCUGAUCCUCAGCUCCAGUCUUGCCUGCUGCGGCUGCUGGUCUUCAUCCCGGCUGAUCAAAGUAAGCAGCAAAAGGAGGAUAAUACAACCGAGCUGUAUAUAGGAGAAGUCACAAGGACCCAGAGUGGCUCUUAUCUUAUCCCUCUCACAACCGCUCUCCCACAGCCAGAGCUCAGCGCAGGGCAAAACAGUGAGCGCUAGAG